ACAAAUUUGAUGCAUUGAUCUAUUUCUUUAGUCUCCUAAUCCAGCAAUUUUCUAAUCCUAGUGUAAAAACCUAACUUUUUCACCGCGUAGAAUUCGAAAUAAAAUCAAUAGAGGAUAUUACUAAAUAAGGAAAGUUUUUAGAAAAGGUAAUGUAAAACUAAAUCAAUGUUUUUUAAAUAGAACUCAUUUCAGCUGAACUUAUAAAAAUAAGAAAUUAGGAAAUUACUAAUUAAUGUAUUUCAAACAUCACAGUCUCCAAGAUCUACAUUUUUCCUUCAAGCAUUGGGAGAUCCAUUUGUUAAGUAAUAAAGCUUGUUUACUUAAACAUAGCUCCAUUUAAAACCAUGUUCAAGUCUUUCUGUUUUGAUUUAAAUAAUUAAACUACUACAAAUCAAGCUACUGGGGUGAUUCAGCUGGAUGCACCGAUCUGGGGUCGAACCAACAAAGCGUGCUCAUUAAGAUCAAAAGAUUGUUAUCUGCGGGGUCGCCCGCGAGUAAUAAAGUGACAGUGCCGGCAGCGGUGACCAAAACCCAAAUGAGCGGGUCCGCUGUGGUGACGAGCUCUUUGAUUGGAACGCCUCUCGAUGCGACAUGCAUAUCAAUUAAUUACGACUGUUACAUUUGGCUGGGCCGCGGUGGACACCGCGUCAGGCGGCAUUGGGUAAUGUGAUUGGGGAUAUUGCAACAGAAUACAAGACCUGGGAGCGAUUGCAAAUCGCUGGGCAGUCGGAUGUCGGACGCACUGCGGCCGAACCCGUGCAGUUGGCCGAAUUUAUUCAAAUCAGUUGAAUUCCACGCGGGGAAGCGUAUAGGUGUCGUCUCUCUCCGGAUCGCCGUAACAAUUGCAAUGUGCAAAUACGUCUUAAUUGCUGCACUGGCCGUAAUGUGCUCCCUGGUCCGAGUGCGAGCCACGCUGCACGAUCUGCCCGGGGUCUUUGACUUCUCCAACGUGGAUCUGGUGAACUUCCAGUACUUCAAGAACCUGCCCUCGCAGGAUCCCCGGACCGCAGCCACCGCCAACCCCUUCCUAGAGCACUUUCAGAAGAAGAAGGCCGUGCUGGACUACCUCGACCGCCUGUUUUUUGGCAACUCGCCGUUCCAGCAACCCAGCGAGAUUCCCUUCGAUCCUCACUUUGGGCGCUCUUGGCGUCCAGUCUACGAGCGGAAAUUUGGAUAUCGCGGGGAGCGCCUGAUCGCUGCUCUGGGCUCGGGCUACUCGGUCUCCCAGUUGCGGCACUUUGGAGCCAUUCCCCGGGAGUAUGGCACUCCCCACUAUCCUAGUUGAGUGAGGAUUGCCAUCGCAUUGCUCUAGAUAGUGUAUUUAUGGAAUAAACUUAAGAUACGAUACGUGA